GCGCAGGGCGCGGGUGCCGGGCUUGUGGCUGCGCCGAGGGGGAGAUCCCGGAGCCGGGGCAGGGUGGGCUCCGUGCCCUUCUCCCGAGCAGGCCGGCCCGCUCCCGGCCCGCCGGAGCUGAGGAAGGGCUGGCGGUGCCGCCCUCAGGAGCGGUGCUGCCGGCGCCGGGACUCCCUGCGCGCCCAGGAACCGUGGAGGCCUCACGGAGCAACGCGGGGCCGUGGGUAAACCGGCUUUGUUGACCCAAGGCAUCCCUUCAUAACCACAUUAUUGACUACUGGAGACUUCUGCAGAACAGAAGGGAACAGUCAGGAAGCAAAGAUGAUCUCCUUCAAGCAACUGCCCAUUGAAGCAAAGGCUGCAGUGGCUGCAGGAGUGGUUUUCUUCUCCAUGAUGCUAUCACGGAGUUACCUGGCAGAAAAACUCGAUUUCAGGACGCGACGCUGGCUUCUAAGGCUGCAGAUGGCACUAUUUGCUAAUACACUCAUGUUGAUGGGGUCUCUUCAUGUUUGGAGAAGCACAGUCACCACGUUCACCAGGUCUUCAGCUGCCAGCUCCUUCUGUUUCAUGCUGUGGAAAAUAGCUGUGUUCAUGUUUCUAGUUUUGGCUCAUUCAAGCUUCUUUACAUUGCUAUUUCUUGUUGCAGAAGAGCCCUAUUUCUUUUCUUUAGCUGCCUACACUUGCUUGGGGGCCUAUAUUAUUCUCAUCUUUUUCCUCUUCACUCUAGGCUCUGUAGAGCAGGCUUACAAGUUCUUGGCUGGGAGAGGCACUAAGGCAGGCACAGGCAACAAGAACAGAACCGCACUGAAACCAGUUCUGUCAGUCUUGCUUACUGUUGUGCUGACUGUUGUUGGGCUGUUAAAUGCUUCCCAGCCUCCUACUGUGAAUUCAGUGGAGAUUCCAGUUCACAAGCUGCCCUCGACAAUGAAUAACCUGAAAGUGGUGUUGCUUUCAGAUAUCCAUCUGGGGCCUACAGUUGGGAAGACCAAGCUUGCCAUGAUAGUGAGAAUGGUUAAGGCUUUAAAACCAGAUAUCACCGUGAUUGUUGGGGACCUAUCUGAUGCUGAAGCAAAGAUCAUACGACCUGCUGUUGAGCCUCUUGGAGAACUUGAUUCCCCUUUGGGAACUUACUUUGUCACAGGAAACCAUGAGUACUACACCUCAGAUGUUAGCAACUGGUUCGAGCUGUUAAAAUCAUUUAACAUUCAGCCAUUGCAUAAUGAGAAUGUGAAGAUUGUUUCACCAAAGAGCACUUCUGACUGGUUCUGCCUGGCUGGCGUGGAUGAUAUUGAAGCGGAUGUGUUGCGCUACUCGGGACAUGGCAUGGAUUUGAAAAAAGCUCUCAGAGGUUGUAGCAGUGAGCAUGCAAUAGUGCUCUUAGCUCAUCAGCCAAUUGCUGCAAAGUGGGCCCUUCAGGAGAGACCAGACAUAAAUUUAAUUCUCUCUGGCCAUACUCACGGAGGGCAGAUUUUCCCUCUAAAUGCUGGAGCUUAUCUUCUGAAUCCAUUCUUUGUUGGCUUGUACCAAGUUGGGCAGAAUACCUUCGUCUACGUCAGCCCAGGGACGAUGUACUAUGGAAUACCCAUGCGGCUGGGCAGCAGAGCUGAAAUAACAGAGAUUAUUCUACGUUCUCCUUGAGGAGUUUUCCAUUUGACAGACUUCUAAUUUUGAAUUUUAUUUUUUUUUUGGCCAGUAUAUUGGCUCUCCUACUAUAAAGCAGAUUAUUUUUCAGGGAAGCCAGAGAAAAUGUGUUGGGCUGAACUUCAGCAGGUUCUGUUAAGUUUGAGCAGAAAACACUAACUGUAUCUUGGGCCUAUGAAACAAAUUUGGGACAUAUUAAAUUACUGAAGAAAUUAGGUCUUUGAGUUCAUUAUUGUUGAGGUUCUGCAUUUAAAGAUAACACUGAUGUCAUGGAGAUAGCGUGUGUCCUGUGCAUGUUUAGUAGUAGCUGUGUCCUGCAGCUGCUUCAUGUUCCACUGUUUGGUAUCCAUCAGGCAGCUGCCUUAUCAAAUCUCGAGCAGGUGAAGUUCUGAGCAUGUGCAGUGAAGUGACUUAUGCAUGUUUUGCAGAAAGGCCUGCAAGAAUGGGCACUGAGUAUGUAAACUCUAGGAGCCUUUUGCUAGAGUUGUUGUGGGAAGUGAAUAAUAGUUUAGGGUUUGUUUUUUUUUUCAUUGGGGCUGGAUAUCUUUAUCCUGCCGCUGUCUGCAGCAUGCACUAGGGCUUCCAGUCUGUGCUUCUUACUAGUACUCUAAGUUUACAGGCAUCAGUUCUAAAAUUCAGCUUUGUCCAGUUAAAAAGUUGGUGAGACUGACACCAGAAAGUAAAAGUAGCUGUCUUUCUCAGGCAUUUUCCCCAGAAUAGCUGGGCAUCCUGUAAUUGCUUACUGAAAAUAGCUCUAAUAAAAGCAAAUGAGGAAAAAUCCAAAAUUAACUUCAGUUUCUAUCUGAGCAUACAGUACCUCCUUAUAUAAAGCACUAAUUCCAAAGCUGAAAUACUCAGUGUCUUUUGUCUUCAUUCUGUAUUUUUUUCUUUCUGCCUAAUUUCUCCUCCAUUAUUUUUCUCUUGCAAGAGUAAGUAGAUGCUAUUUACAAACAAUGCAAGUAAGUUAAUGCUUGAAAUUUGUUAAAGGCUUGAAUAUUUAAGUAAAUUAUGUCCUCUUCUAAUCAGACUAAACUGCAGCAGGUGACUUUCCCAUAGAACAUUUCCUGGCUGUCUGAUGGGCACAUAGCAGAGUAACCGCUACAGGAUAAUGAGGGAUGGAGGAUUCCUUCCCAUCUUUCAUAGAAGGGUUUAUAAUAAAUUAACAUAAUUAUGGGAAUUUUGAGGUAUUAGAGAAUAAUGGGUAUAAACAUCCUUGUUUCUGUAUCUUUGUGUUCACUUAAGAAGGCCAGGAUGUAAAAUAAUGUGUGACUUUUGUCCAGGCUAAUGAAACACUUUGCUUCUGUACAUCUUCUCUCUCCUCCUCUCCCCCCUCAUUGUUGCUGCAUGAAAUAUCACAAACAAUUGGAACCUGGGAGUCUUGCCUCUGUAGUCUGCAGCUGUAGCUGCAGGUUUUCCCUUGCUCUGCCUUUCUGCCCACCACUGCCCUUGUUCCUCUCAGGCAGACCCACAGUAUGGGGCAGAAGAGAGCAGUUCUUAUCCAGGAGACUGAGGAUGGAAGACCAGAGCUGUGGUGUUCAGUCUUUUCCUGCCUUCCUGUGUGAUCCUGAACCAGACAACCAUAAACACUUGGUUUUGUUUUUCAGCUUAUUUUCUCAUAUUAAAGGAGAUAGAUGGGGGCACAUUUGAAAAGUACCAAACUUUGUCAAGUUGAGGGUUUUUAUAAAUUAAAUUUUGAGGUUUGACUUCAUCCACUCUAGACAUCUCCCAGGCAGAGUUUCUAAUUCCUGUGCUGGUUUUGUAUCCUUCUUCUCUGUACAAACCUCUUAAAUUUUUACUCAGGAAUAAUGAGAAAUACUGUAAAUGUGUCACAAAGGUUAGUGGAAUUGUUAGAGAAGUCAAUCCUCUUUCAGUCUGAAAACUGAAUACCUUACCAGCCAUGCUUUCUGCUUGCCAGAUAAUUUUUGUUUCCCAUCACUUAUAAUUUUAUAAACUUUUUUUUUAUGAUUCUGUGAUAAUAUCUGCUUAAGUAUCCUAAAGUUUCCAUGUGUAUUCAAUACUGCCUACUGUCCAUGUGGGAGCCAUCUGAGGCUUUUUGCAGCCGGUGACAUGGUGUCAGAUGGUCUUACAAGGAGGGAAUUUUGAUAGCCUGUAACCCUCUGGUUACUUAUCAACAGGCCUUCAGUUAAGAGCUGUGUUCUGGGUUUAGUGGUGCAGAGUAUUCUCACCUGGCCAGUAGUCCAGGAGGAUUUUUACACUUG